UAAAAACUUGAUUCAUGGCAUGGAAGCUUAUGUCUCGCUGGAUCGAAAUUCGAGGAAGAUUUUUGAGUUCUAGUACUCUUUAAAAGUAAUUAAAUCAAUUAUUCAAAUUCAAGCCAUCAGAAGGAAUCUGCCAAGGAAGCCCUAAGUUAAGGUGCUGUUUAAGGACCUUCCCCUUUGAAAAUCGUGGGGGUGUUCUUUGAGGCAACACAGGUCCCAUUUAUAUGGUCGCGGGUACCCGAGAUAACCCUCCCCACUGAGGCAACUUUAUCAAGUGUUUGCAUGUGAAAAUGUAGCCUCUGAAGGCCGAGUGAAAGUUGACCCUACAUGAUUAUUCAUAACUCUUAUUGAAUAAUCAAAAAUACAAAUAUUCCUCUUUGUAUAAGUUUCCCUCAGUCAUUUGAUCACAGUGGGUUUUGCCGAGUUAAUUUUCCCCCGCCCCUGAACCAGAAGCAUAUCGUCUAGUUCUGGGUGACAUGCUUCUAGUAGAACAAAUUGCGUCACCCUGACGACAUAUAUCCGCGCAGAUCCACGCGCAUGAGGUGGGCUCUCGUGUGGAUGUUGUCCUGUUGCGGGAUCAAAUGGCGACAGUUGCAAGAUUCUCUUACGGAUUUUUCACAGCGAUGGCAGCGAAUGAAAACCAGGGCGCUUAUAUGUAGUUUUAUGCUCUGAGCUAAUGGAAAAGGUAGAUGCGAAGACAUUAAACACUACAAAAUGAAAACUAAUUCCUUCGGUUUCAAGUUUUUACUUUCCGUCAUGUUUGUUAUCCUGGUGCUAUUAUGGCAAUUGCAGAACAACAACCUUUCAAAUCGCAAUAUUUCCAUCUACAAACCUGCCAUGAAGAAUCCACAAAGACGAAAAGUGAAUUACACAUUACAUAGCCCCACGAAGUCUUGGCUCAUCAUUUACUGGUCAACAUUUUUUGGAAAGGGUACACAUCUUCGAAAAAGUUGGAAGAAGGAUAAAUGCCCAGUACCAUGUGAGGUAACAAGCGAUAUAUCUCGAGCAGAUAAGGCAGACGCUUUUGUCGUCCAUGCUAGAGAUCCACACAUGCUUCCUCCUAUAGAAUCUGUGCCGUGGAUUCUACAAACACGAGAAAAUCCGGUGUACACACCCUGUUUAACCAACGCCUCUUUUAUGUCUAAAUUCAACGUAUUAAAAAGCUAUCGCUUGGAUUCAGACUUUCCUGAUCCUUCUAUUUUGUUGCCCGAGCUAACACCGCCGAUUCCUUUUAAAGAUAAAACUGGGCUCAUCAUGGCAGCAUUCACACAUUGUGAGCCUGUGCGUACAGAAUACAUGAGACAGUUGAUGAAGUUUGUGCAGGUCGAUUCUUAUGGAGCCUGUCUUAAGAACGCUAAGGGCCUGGAAGCGAAGUAUUUUAAAGGAAACGGCACGACCUUCAUGUUUAAACAACGCAAAACUGAACUGGCCAGAAACUACAAGUUUACCUUGGUAUUUUUUAAUCAGGACUGUGAUUACUUUGUCGAUGAUCAACUAACCCAUGCAUGGAAUGCAGGCUCGGUUCCCGUUGUGAUGAGUACAGAUCAACUAAAUGAGUUCCUUCCAGGAAAUCUUAAACAUUCCGUUAUCAAAGUGCGUGAUUUCAAGAGCCCAAAACAUCUGGCUGAUUACCUGAAGCGUCUUAGUAAUAAUGAAAAUAAGUAUAGCAAAUAUCUAGAAUGGAAAUGGAAAGGUUAUGGGAAUAUCGCUGGAACUGUUAUUGGAGACUUCUGGAAGCCAAAGUAUCUAUUGUAUUGUCAAGUCUGUGUUGCACUUUCACAAGGCCAAGUAUAUAAAGAUGGUCUUAAACCAAUGUCAUGCAAGACAAGGACUUUUGAAGACUGGGGAAUAACAAAAGGAGGCUAGCUUUGAAAAUAAGAAUUUAGAAGAAGAAAGAGAAAUAGAGCUUAAGACUGAAAGUGUGAACUAGAAGGGACAGAACAAGUCCUCGAUACAUAGAAUUGAUGUGAGUAAAGGAAAGUAUACACUGACGCAAUAAAUAAAAAUGUAAACCAUUCUGUUGUUGUUCUGGCGACGUUGGAGUACCUCUGCUCCGAGAGCUUCAACCCCCUACAUAAUAUUACCAAAUGUACAGGGAUUGUCGUUAUAGAUCGUUUUCACUGUCACGCAAUA